GUAAAUCUAAGCUGUCUCAUUGUCGGUGUGUUCUGAUAUAGAAGAAGACAAAGGCAGCAGAUUAUAUAAACAAGUCAUAAGUAUAGGUGUGUGGGGGUGGUUGUGUGUGUGUUGUGUUGCACCCAACUUCUAUCACCAAUUUGUGAUAUAAAAGACAAUAAUUUGUAAUAACACCUUUGUCACAGUAUAUUUUAGUGUGAAUUUUUGUGAGGUGGAGGAGCAGAAAUUGAUUAUAAAUAUCUUGAUAGCGUAUACUUCAUAAAACUUUUAUUCAGUUUAAUUCUGGCAUUUCUUAUUCUCUGUAAUUGCUCACACUUUUGUCUCAUUCUGAUUCUGAUUAUAAUUAAUCCUCUUCCCUCUGUGUUCUAUUAUAUUUAGAACACGGGUUAUGCAAAACUAAUACAGGUCAAGAACAAAAGUACUUAAUUAUAAUAAUCAGAUGGGAUAUGAACGAUUGUUUAUGUCCAUCUAAGUGUUAAUACAUAUGUUUAAAUGAAAGAUUGGAGAACUAACCAAGUUCAGGUAUUCAAACUUGAGGAAUUGACCUGGUGGUUUGAAAGAUUCAGGAAAGAACAUUUAACAAGCACCAAUUACACUACAGUAUCAUAAGAGUGUGAUGGUGUGUGUUUGGGGGGAGGGGGAGAGGUGUGAAUAUUCUUGUAUGUGUGUAUUUACAUCAAGCAUUUUUUAUUUAUAUUUAAUGCUUUUAAUUUAAGUUUAUUGUUUUUAUACAUAUUUUUCAUGAGCCUGUUAUCAAAUGUUUCUAAUUGUUGUUUCGUUAUUCAUUGUUUUAUUCAAUUGGUUUCUUUGUUCAUUGUACUUUUGAAAUAUUUGUGCACAAUUCCCUUUUUGUUAAGCACAUACAAACCCUUGUAUAUUGUGCGGUAUAAAUGCAUAACAUUUAAGCCUGGUUCUCACGAGAGCCCUAGUAUCCGGAUCGGAGUUUACUGUUAGCACUAACUGUUAACACCUACGUGAGAAUGCCCGAUCGGUUGGCGCUAACCGUUAGCGGUAUCCAGAUACCGCUAACGUUAACCAAGUGCUAUCGGUUGAGCACGCUUCUAUCAUCAUCCAACCACACAUGCAUGUUUACAAUUUCCAGUUUCUUAUUGGCCAGUGAUUCGAUCAUCAUAUUCUUGGUAUCCAGAUACCACUAACGGUUACCAAGCGCUAUCGGUUAGCAAGUUGAGCACGCUUCUAUCAUCAUCCAAUCACACAUGCGUGUUUACAAUUUCCAGUUUCUUAUUGGCCAGUGAUUCAAUCAUCAUAUUCUUGGUAUCCGGAUCAGGAUCUUGGUCGUAUGGACGCACAGCAGCUAACGGUUAGCAGGAUCCGGAUCCUGCUAACUGUUAGCUGCCGUGUGAGAACAUAGCCUUAAUCUUUAUGCAAUUAUUAACAGUGAUUUCAUGUAAAAGAAUACCUAAAUACACUUCCUAAUAACUGCUUUUUUAUUCUGCCUUGGUACAUUUAAAUUGACAUUUGCAUAUACUCUACAAAUGUCUCUAAAAAUUUUGCAUUAUUUGUACAAUUGGCAAGACUUUCCUCCUUGUCCCAGAAACCCUUUUGCCAUCAAUAAUGGUGAUUUAAAUUAAAAAGUAAAAAAUUAUAUUAUGUAUUUCUAUUGGGGUUCUUCUGGAGGUUGAAUUGGGAAAAUAAGAAUUUGGUGAAAAAAAAAACUCAUAAAAAAAUUCACCAAUCAAGUUAUGCCAAUAGAUCCUGAUUUUUCCACUAUUAAAAUUCAAAGCCAAUGAAUGACUGUAGAUUUUCUUAAGCCACCUUGAACUCACAAAAAAACCAGCCUAUACUAGAUCACAAGACUAAAGUAAAGUUCCGGAAAAACCCACUUCUAUUGUUUGGGACACUUCAAGCACACCUAAAAUUUUUUACAGAGAAUUUUAAGGAUUUUAAUUCAAAAUGGCUACCAGUAAGUUGGAUCAGUUUAUGGAAAGUGUGGAAGAGAAGGUUUUAGAGUGUACCAUCUGCUUUAAGAGACUUCAAAAUCCUACAUCCCUCAACUGCCUCCAUAGUUUCUGUUUGGCGUGUCUGGAAGACUGGAUUAAGACUAAGGAAGAGCUGAUUUGUCCAACUUGCUCAAAAUCAUAUCCCAUUCCAGAGGGAGGGCUUCAGAAGCUUCAACCAAAUAUCUUUCUAAAUAACUUAUUACAAAUUAUCAAAAUAUUUUCAGAGAGUGAUAUGAUGAAAUGUAGUGUUUGUGAAAAGGAAGGACAGGUAAAAUACUACUGCCAGGAUUGCAGACAAUACUUGUGCUCAACCUGUAGUGAUCAACAUCAAAAGUUUCAAGCCUUGGCAUAUCACAAAUUACAUUUAAUGAUAGAGGAUGUGCAAUCAAUGAGCCCCUCUCCGAUGACUUUGUUACAUUCGCCCCUGUGUUCACAUCACAGUAAACCUUUGGACUUCUACUGCACAGAUUGUAAAACUCCAAUCUGUGUAAAUUGUAUACUUAUGGACCACAAUGCAUUGGAAGGAAAACACAAACCAAUCAGCAUUUCAGAUGCAUUCCAAACAUUUAAAGAAACUUCAGCCACCAUCAAAAAAUCUGCCCAACACUUCAUAAACAAAUUACAUGAUGGUCUCAAAGCUGUUACUGAAAAUGCUACAAAACUGAAACAAAAUAAAGACACUUGUUUGAGAGAUAUAGAAAAUCAUGCGGAAGAAAUAUUCAAAAAAGUAAAGGAGAAUAGAGACAAGAUGACAAAUAAAGUAGAGACAAUCUACAAAAGAAAAAAGAAGGUAAAUGAUGCACAACUGGAAGAACUAAAAACAGCAUUAUCUGAUAUAAAUACAAAUCUCUCUUUUCUUAAUCAAUUAUUGAAUAGUGAUGAAGGCACUGCAUUGCAGUCAAGUGAAACAGUAAUUACAACACUGAAGGAGAGAAUAAAUAUAUUGCCAAAAACAGAGCCAGAUGAUAAUGGACAAAUUUACUUCUUUAUAAACAAACAGAAAAUGGCUUCAAUGAAACAAUGUGAUUUUGGAACUGUAACACAGAGGGCAGCAGACUGUUUAACAUUAAAGGGCGAGCAAUCUGUGAGCCCAGGUCAGACAGUCGUUGUCAAAAUACUCAAAAAGGAUGAACAUGAAAUAUAUGCAAAUCAACUGAAGCUAACAUGGACACAAAUUAACAUCACUCAAGUUCAGAAAGAUGACAAUGGAGAUUAUUUUGUGACAGGAAAAUGCACAAGUCCAGGAGUUUGUAAACUAGAUGUGAGUGUUGAUGAUGAACCAAUUAAGCAGUCACCAAUGAUAAUCAUCGUAGAGAGAGAAGGAUUAAUAAAUACCAUUCAAAUAAACAAAGAAUGUGUUGAAGAUGUAGUUAAGUGUGAAGAUGACUCAUUACUGGUUUCAUGCUGGACAAAUGAAAUGCUCAAGUACAAGCAAUCAGGAGAAUAUAUUGGUAAGGUUGCACUACCACAAGGUGUGGAAGUUUCAAGAAUGUACAAAAUGAAGAAUGGUAACAUAGCAUUUAGCGACUUAAAUCUUCAGAAACCUGUCAGAAUAUGUAAUUUGGAUGGCCAGGUGAUAAACACAAUUGGUAAGGGAGUACUGAGAUUAUCAUGUGGUAUUCAUGUGGAUGAGUUAUCUAAUGUUUUGUAUGUAGCAGGAGGCUUGACUGAAAGCUGUGUGUACAUGUUUGACAUGAAUAUGUGUCAAAAUCACCAAAAACAUGGGUCUCAAGACACAAGAGAAGGUCAAAUGAGUCAUGUCAUUGAUGUUACUCUUACAAACCAAGGACACCUUCUUGUAUUGGAGUAUGGCAACAGUAGAUUACAAUUAUUUGAUAAUGAGGGAAGGUUCAUGAAAGUUCUUGUUGAAGCAGGUGAUGAGAAUGGUAAGAUGAUGUAUCCAUAUGGAGUAGAAGUUGAUCAGGAUGACAACAUCAUUAUAUCAAGUGAACACAAAAUACAGCUAUUUAGUAGUGAUGGUAAUUUCAUUAAAAGAAUUGAUAAGCCAGAAGAUGGAAUCAACAAUCCAAAGGGAUUAUCCAUAAUUUCAUAUCACCCAAGGAGAUUUGCAGUAGUAAAUUAUGGUGACAAAACAGUAAAAAUAUUCAAUUAUUAAAUAUUGACAGUCCACUUGCAAUCAUAUAGUUGCCGUAGUAAUUUGCAUUAAUUCAUAACUGUUCACUUGUAUUCAAUAGCAACUUCAUUGUUUCUUUAUGUGUAUUUUGACAGGAAAUCAUCCAAAUCUGUAUAGAUGUAUGUACAGUAGUUGCUAUUUGUUUAUGUGGCUUAAUUUGUAGUAGAAUUCUAAAGUACAUUUAUCCAGUAUACAGUAGUUUGUGUCCAUGUAAAAAAAAAUACCAGAAUACACUUCCUAAUAUUACUGUUUCUCUAUUCUGGCUAUAGUAGGUACAUUUUAAAUUGACAUUUGCAUAUUAUACUCUACAGAAUUUAAUAUAAAUUUUGCAUUAUUUGUAAAUUUGGCAAGACUUUCCUCCUUGUUUCAGGUUCCCACCAAUAAUGGUAAUUUCAAUUAAAAAGUAAAAAAUUAUAUGUAUUUCUAGUGGGGUCCUUCUAGUGGUUGAAUUUGGAAAACAAGAAUUUGAUGAAAAAUUUUUUUUUUUAAAUGACCCAUCAAUUAUGUCAAUAGUUCCUGACUCUGUCACCUUAUUAGGAAGGAAUACGCCAAUCCACUAUUGAAAUUCAAAGCCACUGAAUGACUGCAGAUUUCCUCAAAUUACACUUGAUUGCACUCACAAAGAAACCAGCCUAUACUAGAUCACGAGACUAAAGUAAAGGUCUGGAAAAACCCACUUCUAUUGUUUGGGACACUUCAAGCACACUUAAAAUUUAACAGAGAAUUUUAAAGUAAAUAUUUAAUAAAUUUAUAUUGUCAGUAUAAUAGAUCCAACAAAUAUAUCAUAUCACCCACAGAGACUUGUAGUAGUAAAUUAUAGUGACAAAACAGUGAAAAUAUUUAAUUAUUGAAUAUAAACAGUCCACUUGCAAUCAUAUAGUUACCAGAGUAGUUUGCAUUAAUUCAAACUGUUCACUUGUAUUCAAUAGCAACUUCAUUGUUUCUUUAUGUGUACUUUGACAGGAAAUCAUCCAAAUCUGCAUAGAUGUAUGUAACACUAGUUUCUUUUUUGUUAAUAUGUGGCUUAAUUUGUAGUAGAACUCUAAUGUAUAUUUAUCCAGUAUAACAGUAGUUUGUGGCCAUGUAACAUAGAACUCUCAUGAUCACUAAAAAUUGAAUGUUAUAAAUAGUUCUUAACAAUCUAUUUUUCCUGUGGUCAUGUAACAUAGAACACAUUGUAAAGUGCAGUAGAUCUUUUAACACAAACCAUUCCUUUAAAAGGAGACCAGGGCUCUGAUACAAGCCUUGUAGAUCAACUUAAUAUAAACACAUUUUAAAGUAACAUAAACCUUUUAACAUAAACCAUUCCUUUUGAAUGGAGACCAAGCUCCGAGGCUGCACUAUUCAGUUCACAUAGGUAGUCUCGAGUUCAAAGGCAAAACUGUGGAUUUGAAUAGUUUCUAUCCGCUGUAGUGAGAUAUUCCAUGACUAAAUCUUUUAACACAAACCAUUUCUUUAAAAGGAGACCAUGGCUCUGAUACAAGCCUCGUAGAUACAACUUAAUAUAAACACAUUUUAAAGUAACGCAAAUCUUUUAACACAAACCAUUCCUUUGAAUGGCGACCAAGCUCCGAGACUGUACUAUUCAGUUCAUAUAGGUAGUCUCGAUUUUUCAAGGCAAAAUUGUGCAUUUGAAUAGUUUUUACCAACUGUAGUGAGAUAUUCCAUGCGUCAAUGUGUGUGAUGCAGACAUGCACAAGGUUUUGUGGAAUACGCCAUGUUGCACAGUAGCAUACACUUGUUUACUGAAUAAAGUGUUUUGGUUUUUUUUAAACGUAAA